AUGUGCCCCGAACAGGACGAGGAUCAAGCGACCGCGGCCGCUCAGCAGCAGCAGGACACGGCGGCCGCCGCUGGUAUCUUGCCGGCUGAGCACUGGGUGCAGGCGGCACGAGAGGUUGCUAAUGACGGCGACAACGACUCGGCGCUAGGCGACGACAACGCCAGCUCUACUGCGUCGAUCACCUCUACCAUUCUCGAGUACCGAAAGAUUCACGGACGCACGUUUCACGGCGAGGUCGGAAAUGCCCAGUACUGGGGGAGCAACGACGAGCAGCAGAAUGAGUGCUGGGACAUCAACCAUCAUCUUUUGACACUCUCUUGCGGCGAUAAGCUUCACUUGGCACCGAUAGACAAGAGCAAGCUGACCAAAGCCCUCGAUGUUGGAACUGGAACUGGCAUCUGGGCUAUUGACUUCGCCGAUGAGAACCCGGAAUGCGAGGUUAUCGGAACCGACAUCUCGCCCAUUCAGCCAACAUGGGUUCCUCCUAACUGCAAGUUCGAGAUCGAGGAUUGCACUCGCGAGUGGACUUUUGCUCCUGGUACCUUCGACUACAUCCACAUCCGUUUCCUCGUCGGAAGUAUCGCGGAUUGGCCAGAGCUGUUCAAGCAGGCCUACGCGGCUCUCAAGCCAGGUGGUUACCUCGAGAGUUUCGAAGUCUCUCCCGCCAUCAUGAGUGACGAUGACACCGUUCCGGAGACUAGUGCGCUGGGUCAGUGGGGCAAGUUUUUCGAGGAGGGUGGCCGGAAGAUGGGCCGGACGUUCCGCGUUCUUGACGAGAACCUUCAAAAGACGUCCAUGGAGGGAGCUGGUUUCGAGAACAUUACCGAGUGGAACAAUAAGGUACGAUAUAUCACUCUUUCGAUAAAUGGCGGCACUGACGAGAGACCAAUGAAGGCACCCAUUGGCAACUGGCCUAAGGAUCCAGUGAAGAGAGAAAUUGGUGAAUGGGCGCAGUUGACGCUUCUCUCCGAUAUUGAAGGCUAUGUCCUCUUCAUGGCUAACGUCAUGUCAACUUGGAGCAGGGAGGAGAUUCAAAUCUACGCCGCUCAGCUCCGUCGCGAGAUUAGGUCUGGUAAGCUGCAUGGAUACUACCGUCAGAGGUGUGUUUGGGGACGGAAGCCCCUCGAUCCCACCCCGGCACCAGAGCAGUAG